GCAACUCCGAGCCCAUUUUAUUGAACGUAUAGGUCAACACAAACUGGGGGUGAGAAAUUGAAAUACACCCUACCAAAAAAACCACAGAGUUAAACGCAGCGUUUUCCUGCUUGUUAUUUUUCUCAAAACACCCCCUUCACUCUCUUUCCCUCUGUUCCAAUUCAACUCUACUGGUUACUGCGCCAGAAUCACAAUUUGUAAAAAAAAAUCAAGUUUUUAAACGGUUAUCGAAGGCUUUGAAAUUCAAUUGUAAUAGGUUUUGUGCUCAAACUUCAUCAUGGAUGUGUUUAAAAGGGCCAUAAUACAGCCUGGUCCUCCUGAAAGUUUUGCUCUGCAGACUGUUCAAGAAGUAAUAAAGCCUCAGAAACAAACAAAGUUAGCCCAAGAUGAGAAUCUGUUCCUAGAAAAUAUUCUACGGCUGCUACUUCAAGAAUUUGUGUCGGCAGCAUUUCAGUGUGGGGAGAAAGUAAUGCAAUACGGGCAAUCGAUUGAUGCCAAUGAAACUGCCCAGGGCCACAUUCCUCGCCUUCUUGAUAUAGUACUGUAUCUGUGUGAGAAGGAACACAUUGAAGGUGGAAUGAUUUUUCAGCUGUUGGAAGACUUAACAGAAAUGUCUACAAUGAAGAACUGCAAGGAUAUUUUUGGCUAUAUAGAGAGUAAACAAGAUAUAUUGGGAAAGCAAGAACUUUUCGCUCGAGGAAAACUUGUGAUGCUGAGAACCUGCAAUCAACUUCUUCGUCGUCUUUCAAAGGCAAAUGACGUGGUCUUUUGCGGAAGAAUUCUCAUGUUUCUGGCACAUUUCUUUCCAUUAUCAGAGCGAUCUGCCUUAAAUAUCAAGGGAGUUUUUAACACAUCGAAUGAAACAAAAUACGAGAAAGAACCCAUAGAAGGCAUAUGUAUUGAUUUCAAUUUUUAUGAAACUUUUUGGGGCUUACAGGAAUAUUUUUCUAACCCUGCUUCUAUUAAUCAUUCUCCAAUAAGGUGGAAAAAGUUCACCUCCAGUUUGUCGGUUGUACUGAAUACAUUUGAAGCACAACCUUUAAGUGAUGAAGAAGGAGAUGCUAAUAAUUUGGAAGAAGAGGCAGUUAACUUUAGUAUAAAAUAUCUCACAAGCAGUAAACUAAUGGGUCUAGAGUUGAAGGAUCCAAGCUUUCGACGUCAUGUUCUUGUGCAGUGUCUCAUAUUGUUCAACUAUUUAAAGGCCCCUGGAAAAGGUGACAAAGAUUUGCCAUCUGAAAACAUGAAAGAUGAGAUUACAUUGUGUGAAGAGCGUGUUAAAAAACUUAUUGAACUGACUCCACCCAAAGGGAAAGAGUUCCUUCACAAAAUCGAGCAUAUAUUAGAACGAGAAAAGAACUGGGUAUGGUGGAAACGUGACGGCUGCCCACCAUAUGAGAAACAACCUGCGGAGAAGAAAGUGGUACAAGAUGCUUCGAAGAAGCGUAAGCCAAGAUGGAGAAUGGGCAACAAAGAACUGUCUCAGUUGUGGAAGUGGGCAGAUCAAAAUCCGAAUGCUUUAACUGAUCCUCAGCGUGUUCAAACACCUUCAAUUAUGGAGUACUGGAAACCCUUGGCUGAAGAUAUGGAUCCUUCUGCUGGAAUAGAAGCUGAAUAUCAUCACAAGAAUAACCGGGUUUAUUGUUGGAAAGGUCUCCGCCUUUCAGCACGGCAAGACUUGGAAGGAUUUUCUAAGUUUACUGAAUAUGGAAUUGAAGGGGUUGUACCACUAGAACUUUUGCCACCCGAUGUCCGAUCUAAAUACCAAGCUAAACCAAAUGACAGAAGUAAACGUAAUAAAAAGGAAGAUGCAAAAAACAAUGCUCAUCAAGUUGAGGAAAAUCAGAAUGCUGCCACACCUGCAACUGAGAUGGAUGGUGAAAGCAUUAGAACCGAUACCGCAGCAACACCUAUGGAAUUCGAUGCUGUUCCUAUCCCUGGUUCUCAAGGUGGAACCUCAACUUCUGACGAACUUCAGAAGAAUAGCCCUGAUACUGAUAUCGAUCCAGAAGCAGGUCAAUUGGAUGCAGAUGCUGAAGUUGAACCUGGAAUCAUAGACGAGAAUGAUGCUGAUGCUGAUGCUGAUGGUGAUGUUGAUUUAGAUGCAAGUGGCUGAGGAUUUCACCUUAAGGAUGAGGAUCAUUAGAAUAGGGGACGCCAGCAUCCUUUUUUUAGUGACAAAGAUAGCUGCAACAUUCUUCCCCAUUAGAUCAAGUUAAAGGCAUUUUUUUUUUGUGAUAUUUCAAAUGACAGGAAGGAGAUUAUAUUUGAAUUGUUGUAUAAUAUUGGUCGAAAGUGAUUAUCUGAAUGAAGAGUGACAAUAUGAAUACUUGUACUUGUAUGUGGAAAAAAUGAAAUGAAGUAUCCUCAAUUAGCUUUUUCA